AUGUUACUUGCCCCUGAGCAGAGAGACACUGAAUAUAAAAUUUUAGAUGUGUUGACAAGGAAAUAUGGAAGUAGCAGCUCCCCUGACCAGCUGAGGGCAGAUUUUUUUGACUGUAAGCAAACACCGGGGGAGGGCAUUGAAGAUUUUACCCUACGCCUUUGUGAGUCCUUCAACCGAUGGCACAGUCGCGAUCCAGUCAAUGUUGGCCCCACGGACGGUGUUCUACGCGCACAAUUCGCCCGAGGACUGAGGGACGGUCCAACGAAACGUGAACUGCAGAGGGCGCUACGACGGGCAAUUCCACCCUUGUCAUUUGAAGCCGCUUGUGAGGAGGCUCAGGCCUUGGAGCGAGAGUUUGCGGGAGUGGACGACACCAUGGCCUGUCAAGCACGUGCAAUUUCACCACCAAGACCUGCAUCUCCAGCCCUGGACGCCGAACAAAUCAAAGAGUCCCUUCGGGCUGAAAUGCGGCAGGAGAUUAAAGAACAAGUUACACUGCUGGGUAAGACCAUCGCGCAAGAAUUACGAAGCUUUGUAGAGAGGUGGGUCACAUCCAGAGAUUUUGCCCCCGAAGAACGGCACAGUCACCGGGUUUUCAAGUCCACCGGCCACUGUAGGGCAAGUUCCCAGGUGACCUUGUUUAGCCACACCCUUUUCCACAGCCAUUUCGGGAUUGAUUUGAUUAAGAACCCUGAUGACCUCUCGUGGCUGGCCCUAAAAGCGGCAAAUGGUCUGAAAAUUCCCUAUGUAGGCUACGCAGUCAUGGACGUGAUGGUGGGGGGAAUCACAUUAACCGAGCAGACUGGUCACCCGGGACAACAGGCCUUUCGCUCGUCCCUCUCUCCUUUUGCAGGCCGAGCUUGGGAGAAGGCAUUUGCUGCUUGUAGACGGAGUCAAGUUACAGCUCCCCUGGGUCCAGUACAAGAGUCAGAGUUGAUCGUGUGGGCCUGCGUUCCACCAGUCCUCGGUGCAACGGAGACGCUGGUGCUUGUCGAAGAGUUGUCCAGUGAUUCAGAUGGAGCUCGAGAAUGGAAAGUGGCAAGGACAAUAUCUCAUGUACGAGGAGGGAAGGUUCCAGUGAGGCUUUGCAACCCCCAUCCCUUCCCGAUCACUCUACCACAGCGACGAGCCCUGGCUACUGUUGUCCCGAUCUCACCCGAGGAAGUUCGUGCCCCUGCACAGUUGGAAAUUCAGCUCACGGGUCCCCAAGAAGUGGAAGUUGGAAUUCGUCGUGUGGAGGCAGCAAUGACACGCCAGCCAGUUGACACUACAGAGCGGGAAGGGAUCCACCCGGCGUUAAAACUGCAAGGCGAUGGGCUGACCACUGAAGAACAACAGAAGUUGACAGCUUUUUUGGCCAAGUGGAAACAUGUGUUCGCAGCCCAUGAUGAGGACUUUGGGUGCACUACAGCGGUGCGCCACCAUAUUCCGACGGGAACGGCACCCCCGAUCCGAGAAAGAUACCGGCCAGUUCCACCGAAGUUGCAAGCUGAACUCCGGGUGCUGUUGCAAGGGAUGCUCCAUAGUGGUGUCAUCACAGAAAGUGCAAGUCCAUGGGCCGCGCCUAUAGUCCUGGUACGAAAAAAGAAUGGCGCUCUAAGAUUUUGCGUGGACUAUAGGAAGCUGAACUCCAUUACACACAAGGAUGCUUUCCCUUUGCCCCGCAUCGAGGAGUCGUUAACCUGUUUGAAGAAGGCUGCCUGGUACUCGACCCUGGAUCUCGCGUCAGGCUAUUGGCAGGUUGAAGUAGCCCCAGAGGACCAAGAAAAGACGGAUUUGUGUUACCCAGGGGCCAGAGUCGGUGACAUCGAAGGAAACCUCAGGCUCUUAAAGCAGAGUAGGAAGAGGUUCCGCCGUAUCGUGAUUCACGCAGGCGGUAACGACGCCCGGCGGAGACACAGAGUGGGGGCCCGGGCGCAGUGUUGUAGUGUAAAACACAACUCUGUCAGUAGUGACCACUCGCCUCUUUCCGAGCUGUCACAAAUCCAAAAUUCAGGACAGAAGAUAGAGACUGUGUCCGUGCCUCGUAUAGUGAACAGGGGAAAACAGAGUACUAUAGGAACGAGACCAAAGAAUUUAAUACAUAUAGUCCCUGAUAGCAGUGAAAAUAAAAUAGCUCGUAAUAAUAAAUAUAUAAGAUGCGGAUUAUUAAACAUCAGGUCAAUCUCGCCCAAAUCUCUGUUAGUUAAUGACUUAAUUGGGGAUUAUAAUAUUCAUAUUUUGGCCCUGACUGAAACUUGGCUUCAGCAGGAUGACUUUGUUAGACUUAAUGAAUCCACACCCCCAAGUCACGUGAAUUUUCACACAGCUAGAAGCACGGGCCGUGGAGGGGGGGUGGCAGUAAUAUCACACGCUUGUUUAGGUAUGAGCCCAAAAAGUAAAGCUAAUCACAUUUAUAAAUCCUUUGAAAGUCUAGCACUAUCAAUUAUAGACGCUAACUGGAAGAACCAAAAACCAAUUCUUUUCAUAGUGGUUUACCGUCCCCCUGGUCCCUACUCACAGUUUUUGUUAGAUUUCUCUGACUUUUUAUCUAGUACUUUGCUAAGCUGGGAUAGAAUUAUAAUUGUAGGGGAUUUUAAUAUACAUGUUGACGAUGAAGGUGACUCCCUUGGUAAGGCCUUUAAUGACCUACUAGAUGGGACUGGCUUCAUUCAAAAUGUAAAUAAACCAACUCAUAGUCACAAGCACACCCUGGACUUGAUUUUAACAUACGGUACAGAGAUUAGUGACCUUAGUGUCCAUCCCCACAACCCCGUACUGUCUGAUCAUUUUCUAAUUACCUUUCAGUUUGUGCUUCAAGAUAAUCCGCCACUAGUGACCAGAACUCAGAUGAAAAGGACAUUAGGUGAUCACUCUGUUUCAGAGUAUAAACAGAUAAUUCAGCCUAUAUUUGCCUCCAUGACAUCUAAUUAUGAAGGAAUGAUGCCCGGCCUUGCUGUUAAUGACGAGUUUGUUGAUCGUGUUCUGUUUACGUUUCGUACCACCCUCGAUGUCGUCGCUCCCUCCAAAUUAAAGUUUGUCAAGCCGAGACGAGCCUCUCCCUGGUAUAAUGCUGAAACACGCUCUCUUAAACAAUCGACACGCAAAUUAGAAAGACUUUGGCGCCGUUCCAACACAGAGCACACCCUCUCUGCCUGGAAACGCAGCUUAGUGACAUAUAAGCAGGCCUUGCGUACGGCUAAAACCAGAUAUUACUCAUCCUUAAUAGAGGAAAACAAAAAUAAUCCUAGGUUUCUGUUCAGCACUGUAGCAAGGCUGACAAACAGUCACACCUCAAUAGAACCUUAUAUCCCAACCACCCUUAGCUGUGAUGACUUCCUAAAAUUUUUUAACAAUAAAAUCGCAACUAUUAGAAAUAAAAUAAAUGAAUCACUUCCAGUUAUUAGGUCUGAUAAAGUGCAGACAAAGAAUUCGGAAUCUCCUAUAAAACCCUCUAAAAUAUUAAAUAACUUUACCACUGUAGACCAAAUUGAUUUAAUUUCUAUUAUAAUGUCCUCCAAACCAUCAACGUGCCUCCUCGACCCAAUCCCAACCAAACUUUUUAAAGAGACCCUGCCUCUAACUAUUGACACUAUCUUAAAUAUAAUAAAUACCUCAUUAGUUACUGGCUACGUGCCGCAGUCCUUUAAAUAUGCAGUUAUUAAACCGCUCUUGAAAAAAUCUACUCUUGAUCCUGAUAUUUUGGCCAAUUAUAGACCUAUUUCUAACUUACCAUUUCUCUCCAAAGUCCUUGAAAGAGUGGUAAUUAAACAGCUCUGUCAGCACCUACAGGACAAUAGUUUAUUUGAACAGUUCCAGUCUGGCUUUCGAGCUCAUCAUAGCACUGAAACCGCAUUAGUUAAAGUAACUAAUGACUUGUUACUUGCCGCUGACGUUGGAUUAGUCUCGAUCCUGGUUCUGCUGGACCUGAGCGCAGCCUUUGACACAGUCGACCGUAAUAUCUUAUUGCAGAGAUUAGAAUGUGACAUAGGCAUUAGAGGAGCAGCCCUAUGCUGGUUUAAAUCAUAUUUAUCUAAUAGGUACCAGUUCGUCAAUGUAAACCAGCAAUCAUCAUCGUACUCUAGAGUUAGUUAUGGUGUGCCGCAAGGAUCUGUCCUCGGGCCCAUCUUGUUUACGCUGUAUAUGCUUCCUCUAGGUAAUAUCAUCAGAAAACAUAGCAUUAACUUUCACUGUUACGCUGACGACACACAACUGUAUUUAUCAAUUAAACCUGAGCAGGUCAGACAAGUAGAAAAACUAAGCGCCUGCGUCCGAGAUAUAAAUACCUGGAUGAGCACUAACUAUCUUCUACUUAACCCUGAAAAGACAGAAUUCCUUAUAAUAGGCCCGAAAAGUGUUAGAGACUCUUUAUCUGCCCAGAUAGUCACUCUGGACAAUGUAAGUGUAGCCUCCAGCGCCACAGUUAAAAACCUAGGAGUUUUAUUUGACCCUGACUUAUCGUUUAAAGCACACAUUAAACAAACCUGUAGAACGGCUUUCUUUCACCUGCGCAACAUUGCCAAAAUUUGAAAUAUUUUAUCUAAAAGUGAUGCAGAAAAAUUAAUUCACGCGUUCGUUACAUCGAGAUUGGAUUACUGUAACUCCCUACUUGCAGCUUGUCCUAAAAACUCUCCAAAAGGUCUUCAGCUAGUCCAAAACGCAGCAGCAAGACUUUUAACAGGAACCAAUAGAAGAGAGCACAUCACCCCUGUGCUCCAGGCACUUCACUGGCUUCCAGUCGAGUUUAGAAUUAAAUUUAAAAUACUCCUUCUUACAUUUAAGACCAUUAAUGGGUUGGGGCCAUCUUAUCUCACCGAUGCUCUCGUCCCAUACCGCCCCAACAGAACACUCCGAUCUCAGAAUGCAGGUCUACUGGUAGUUCCCACGGUUUAUAAAAGUACUGUCGGAGCUAGAGCCUUUAGCCACCAAGCCCCUGUUUUAUGGAAUCAGCUUCCAGCUAGUAUUAAAGAAGCCGAGACAGUUUGCACAUUUAAGAUUAGAUUAAAAACGUUCCUAUUCGACAAAGCUUAUGGUUAGGCUAGUUGAAGUCGGAGUAGACUCACAGUUUAGUUUAAGCUGCACUAGAAGCUAUAAUGCUGGGGGCAGUACAGCCGCUGAGUUCUAUCUCCUUUUCUUACUCUACCUACUAUUUGUCUUACUUUAUUUCUAUUUUCCAUUGUUAAUAUCUAGUUGUCUAGUCUCUUCAUCACUAGUCACCCGGUGUCCCCUUUCCCCCCUCCCCUCUGGGGAGGGGCUAUUUUUCAGCUGCAGCCUCCUGACUAUCCGGACCCCUGGCUGGAUUGACGUCCUCGCUGCUACCCCCGUCUCAUCUGACCAGAGGGACCUCUUCUUGCUCCUUUACUCCACUGUAUUUUUACGGACUACAAUUUCGCUUGCUAAUUCCCAUUAGCCGUUCUGGGGUUCCUGUCUAUCCGUCCUGGGAGUGGAUCUCUCCUGACUGUGGUACUCCCCAAGGUUUCUCAUUUUUCUCCCAAUUGACUCUGGAGUUUUUGGAGUUUUUCCUUGCCGGCAUGGAGGGUCUUAGGAUAGGGGAUACCCAGGACUUGAACUGUAUCUAUUCAUCUUUGUUGCUUCAUUUCUAAUUGUGUAUCAUAUUGCCUCUGUAAAGCCCUUUGAGACCUCUGUUGUGAUUGUGGGCUAUACAAAUAAAAUUGAAUUGAAUUGAA